UCAACAAUUUUAUGUUAAUAUUGAUAAUUUAAUGGCAGUGUAUUCGAUAGGCCACAAUGACGACUUUACGUGAACGCCAACUCAAUGCCCUGAAGCAGAUGCUAAACCAGAACCAGCCUCUGACGAAAAGUGUAGCAACAGAACCUAUAUGGAAAGUGCUUAUUUACGAUAGAGUUGGCCAAGAUAUCAUUUCACCACUCAUCUCUGUCAAGGAGUUGAGAGAGUUAGGCGUUACCCUUCAUGUGCAACUACAUUCAGACCGUGAUCCAAUCCCUGAAGUACCAGCAGUAUACUUCUGUGCCCCUUCAGAAGAAAACUUGGGACGUAUAUGUCAAGAUUUAGACAAUGGACUCUAUGACCAAUAUCACUUGAACUUCAUUUCGCCUAUUACACGGCAGAAACUGGAGGAUCUUGCGGCUUCAGCCAUACAGUCCAACUCUGUUAUUAACAUUCACAAAAUAUAUGACCAGUAUUUGAACUUCAUCUGUUUGGAGGAUGAUUUGUUUAUUAUGAAGCAUCAACAGUCAGAUUCUCUGUCUUAUUAUGCUAUUAACAAAGGAGACACAAAAGACACUGAAAUGGAAGCAGUAAUGGACAAUAUUGUGGAAAGUUUAUUUUCAGUUUUUGUCACAUUAGGUAAUGUUCCUAUAAUAAGAAGCAGUAAAGGCAAUGCUGCAGAAAUGGUUGCCAAAAAGCUAGACAAGAAGUUAAGAGAAAACUUAUGGGAUGCUAGAAAUAAUCUCUUCCAUGGAAACACUGGCCAGUCUGGCUCCUUCAGCUUUACGCGGCCCAUGCUCAUCUUGCUGGAUAGAAAUAUGGAUAUGGCCACCCCUCUACAUCACACUUGGACAUACCAGGCUUUAGCGCACGAUGUGCUAGAUUUGUCUUUGAAUAGGGCAGUUGUACCCGAAACUUCCGGUGCGGCGCUAGUACCCGGACAGAAGGUGAAAACCAGAAUUUGCGACUUGGAUUCUAAAGAUCCACUUUGGAUGGAACAUAAGGGCAGUCCGUUCCCAACUGUCGCUGAGGCUAUUCAGGAAGAUUUAGACAAAUACAGGAGUUCAGAAGCAGAAGUAAAGAAGCUUAAAAGCUCCAUGGGCUUAGAUGCAGAGAGCGACCUCGCUCUAAGCUUGGUGAGCGAUAACACACAACGCCUUACCAGUGCUGUCAACUCCUUGCCACAGCUUAUGGAGAAGAAACGGCUCAUUGACAUGCACACUACUAUAGCUACGGCAAUUCUGAACGCCAUUAAAUCACGGCGAUUGGAUUCUUUCUUCGAAUUAGAAGAAAAAAUAAUGAGUAAAAGUAGCAGUGUUGAAUCCAAAGCUGUCAUAGACCUAAUCGCAGAACCUAGUGCUGGUACUCCUGAAGACAAAAUGCGAUUGUUCAUAAUUUAUUACUUGUGCUCGACACAAAUACCUGAAGAGGAGUAUAAAAAGUUUGAAAACGCCCUCCUUGCAGCAAACUGUGAUGUGAAACCUAUGGCUUAUAUGAAGAGAUGGAAGGGCUUCACGAAAAUGUCUAACCAGUACGAAGGCGGAGGGACGAAAACAGUGUCUAUGUUCUCCAAACUGGUAUCGCAAGGAUCAUCGUUCGUUAUGGAAGGAGUCAAGAACUUAGUCGUUAAAAAACACAAACUGCCAGUGUCUCGCGCAGUGGAAGUGGCCCUUGGCGGCAGCGGGGGCGAAGGUAGCGCCGAGCUGACGUGGUUGGACCCUCGAACUGCCCGCACUGACGCUGCAGGUCGCUCACGUGCUCAACGACACCCCCCGCCUACUGAUGCCGUCGUUUUUGUCGUCGGUGGUGGGAAUUACAUUGAGUACCACAAUCUCCUCGAUUUUGCCAAGCAACAAGCGGCUGGCGGUACAUCGCGUAAGAUCGUCUACGGUGCCACAACGCUGCCCAAUGCUUCACAAUUCCUAAAGCAACUCUCACUGCUUGGCGAGGAAUUACAGUGAACAUUCCCAUCCGAAUAUAUAUUAUUUAAGAUAUGCAUACACUGUAAUAUAUAAAAUUAUGAAUUUUUAAAUUAAUUCAAUUGUAAGUUAUUCUAAUACUUCAAUUUUGGGAAUCAAAGGAGUAAAAAUGAAAGAUAUAUGUCAACAAGUUGGCAUUUUA